AUAGAAAUCUGCUCAAGAUGAAGGCUGAUGACCUCGUCGAUCUGACAUCGCCGCAGCCGGAAAAACAAUUGGAAUCGGUUGCCCGUGUACAGGAUCCCGUCAACACUGCGCCAUUACCCCAGCUUGUUGAGCAAGACCAUCUCGACGACGCCGACGAUCUCGAAGACAGUAGUGACGGCUCUGAUGAUGAGGACGAUAGUGAACUCGCGGCAUCUGCUCUGACUGAUGAAUUGGAACGCGCAGAGUUUGAGCCAUAUACCGAUGAUGAGGGAAAGGAGAUUCGCGAAAGACUGCGUCGACUUGGACCCAACAAGUUUGUCGAGCAAACCAUCACUCUCGGUGCCGUUAGCAUAAGAAAGCUUGUCACAGCGUUCGGCGUGAGGCCUGACCUACCCUAUUCCACCAGCUGGUACUACCAAAUCCUCGGUCGAUGCAUUCAGCGUGAGCUCACCAGACGCCAAAAACUUACCGAAUACAACACAAUCGACGAUGCUGUGUCGCUGCUCCAAAAGUCCAAGAAUAUUUUGGUCAUCACUGGAGCCGGUAUCUCGACCAGUCUGGGAAUUCCGGAUUUCAGAUCGAGAAACACUGGCUUCUACUCACAGCUUCUCGCUCGCGGUUUCGAGAGCCCUGAAGAUGUUUUCGACAUUAUAAACUUUGACAGCGAUCCAACUGUUGACGUCCUUGCACAGANNCAUUUCUACCAGCUGGCAAAGGAGAUCUUGCCCGUCACUGACAGAUGCUCGCCUACUCACGCCUUCAUCAGAAUGCUCCAGGACAAGCAGAAGCUGCUUACAAAUUACACUCAGAACAUUGACAACAUUGAAGCCUAUGCGGGCAUUGAUUCAGAGAGACUGAUUCAAUGCCAUGGCUCAUGGGCAACUGCAAGCUGCCGCAAAUGCCACACGGAAGUCCAGGGCGAUGUCAUCUUCGAGGACGUGAGGCAACAACGAGUGUCGCUCUGCCAAACCUGCCUCGACAUCAUUCAGAAGCAACCUCGAAAGCGCAAGCGCACAUCCAACGGCAAGUCGAAAUCGAGAUCGAGUCAUUCUGAUUCCGAAGAUGAUGGACGGUACGACGUUCCUCAGCCUGGCGUGAUGAAGCCCAACAUCACUUUCUUCGGCGAAAAGCUUCCUAGCCGCUUCUUUGACAGACUCACAGAGCACGACGCCGCCAUCGUUGAUCUGAUCAUCGUCAUCGGCACAUCCAUGAAAGUCGCCCCUGUUUCCGAAAUGUAUGUUUCCUUCACUUCUCUCCUCAUCUUCAACCCGCUGACCCACAUACCAACAGCCNCUAACUAUGUCGACGAGAAAGUGCCACAAAUCUACAUCUCGCGCGAACCAGCCGAUCACAUCAACUUUGACAUUACACUUCUCGGCUACUGUGACGAUGUGGUGGCCGAAUUAGCCAGACGUGCUGGCUGGACCAUCGAUCAUGCAAAAGUCACCGAGGCACCUUUGACAGCAGCACCUGGUCCCAAGACUGGCCAGUGGAUGAUUGCACCAUCGACCGGUGACGCA